AUGACGUCAGCGUCCGGCGAACACAAAUCGGGCGAAAAUAGAGUUCCGCCCGACAACUCUUACGUAAGUGAUUACAGAUGAUUUAAUUAAUCAAAUUAAGAUCUAUAAAAGCUAGAAGAAUCGUAAUAGAACAAAGUAUAUUUUGGUAAAUUAAAAUCACAAAAACUAUCACUAAAUGAAGCGUAAAAUAAGUUGAAAGCAGAAAAACAGAGUUCUGGCAUCGCGACGGCGAUGCGUCAACGAUGCACCAGAAUCCUAAGCGUUCGAGAGGAUCGUCGUGCAGUGUCCACGACCUCGAAGGCUCUCCUUGGACAAAGACGACGUGGGCAAUCUCUAGAUCUUCUCGCGAAGUCUAGAGAUUAAUGAAAUGGGUCGUGAGUCGUCUCCGGCGGCUGUCACCCAACGGAGCAGAAAAACGGCGACUUUGUGGCUCUUCGGCGGCUGUCACCCGACGAAGAGGAGCUGGAUGGAGGUGGGGUGCGUGUCAAGGAGCUUCAUCCUCAGGUCCGCGCAGCAAGAGGAGGCUCUUCAUCGCAUCUGGUACGCUCUCAGGAGGUGACGACUCGUCUCCCGGCAGAUCGUCCUCUUCCCGACGACAACUUGUUCGUCAAUCAAUCGGAGAUGAUUUACUCGAUGGAUUCGCGAUCUUUUUAUCGCGAAUUGUUCAGCAAUUUUAGUAGCAAUGCUCUGCGAAUCGCGUUGACGAGAUUUUCGCCGAUGAUCCAACAAUUCUCGUUGCUUAAUCCUUCACCGGUGAUCUACAAGAAAGUCACGAUAAUUAGAUAAAAAUAUAUGAAUUUUGACUCUAGGAGGAUUCAAACCCACGCCAGUUGUCCGCCCCUUUUGAGGAAGGUGUGAUGCGGGUUUAGUCCCACAUCGGUUGUGCGCCGAUUUUUCAGGUGAAUAUAUAGUAAUGUUAGCUUUCUAAGCAAAGUUCCUUCUCUCGCGUGUACGACCACUCCUUGUCCCACAACCGGCUGGCCACCGGUGACAUGGAAGGGGAGUGGUGCACACGUGCCCCUAUCGGUUCAAGCCGCUCGAGCCCUUGCUCGUGGCUACUCCCCAACUUAG